AUGGCUGAGCAACAGACAUGCUCGAGUUGUCUAGCUGAGAAGCCACUUGAUGACUUCAAGAGCAAGACUGGAAAUCAACGCAAGAGCAACGACGCGGAUGUCUCUGAGCCUCCAGUCGAAGAUAUUCAUGUUCCUCAUUUUAUGCGGCCAACUAACGCGUCACUUCGAAGAAUUGCUCCUCAACGCCUCUCUGCCCAACAGUUCAUACAACAGACUGUAGAGCAGAGCCAGCAAGAUACUCCCUUGUCCUCUGCUCCCUCUUUCCAUUUUCGAGGUGCUCAUUCUCAGGAUAGCCCCCAGGUUGCUGAAGCUCGUCGGCGUAGAGAGCAAGAUCGACGUGCUCAUCGUGCUGCAAGACGAGCUGGGGAAGACGUGCCUCCAUCUCAGGGAUUGGAUACAUAUAUUGCUGAACAAGAACAAGAAAUUCCCCUUUUUGCUCAACCUCCCUCUUUCUCCACACAAGCAAUGAGUGAAGCAGAGCAUGAUAUCCCACCUUCUGCUCAACAACUACCCCCUUCCACUCCUCAUGCAGAGAGUCAAGUUUCAUCUACCCCGGAUCAUCUUGCUGUCGUUAGUACUUAUAAUUUCUCUACCCCGGACCCGUUGACUGCGAUUCCAACUCGACGCCAAUAUCAGUUUUGUGUUAGUGGAGUUCAUGAAGUCCUCAAAACUGCCUUCUAUGACGAUCAUGAAAUCGAACAUGAUAUUUGCAAUUCGUGCCGCUCCCAGUUUGUGACCUCAAUGGAUACUGACCCAUCGUUUCACCCAGUGAGUAACGCGGCGAGUACCCAACCCCAGGGCCCACGCAAGAUAAACCGCCGUCCAUCGAGAACUGCUCCUCAUCAUGAUCUGCACCAACCUGAUCCUCAAUAUAUCCCAGGCGAAACCCGUAUCCUUAGCCAACCUGCUUUGACAGAAACUGACUGGGGGUAUACUACUGUGUUCCACAAUGCUCUCCAGCAGCAGAGAAUGGAGUGGUGUGUUGUUUGUGACGAGAAAUGGUUCAAUAUACGUCUCACAUCUGAUAAUACAUGUGCUCGUUGUCUCCGUGCUGACAAAGACCAGGAUAUCCCUCUCUAUGGUGUUGCAAAUAACAUGCAUCCUGGUGAAAUGCCUGAUUUGCCCGAACUGUCGCAAACAGAGGAGAUGCUAAUUGCACGAGUCCAUGUAUUUGUGGAAGUCCGCCGGGUCCGUGGGCAGAACCUUGAAAUCAUUUUGUUACGGCCAGUGAAUGCGUCAACGGAUCCUCGAUUACAAAGACAGUUUAUCCACGACUUCCGUGUUCGCCGAGAGCGCAUCAUCAAAUGGUUGACAUUUCUACGCCUCAACCGUCCGGGGUAUCGAGAUAUUGAAAUCUCCAAGGAGGCCCUCAAUCUUCUCCCAUUAGACGGUGAUGUUACAGACCAGAUAUUCAAUGAGUCACUUGAUCCAGUUCAAAUAAGUGAUAGCACUAAUACAGAGGUCGUUGAACCUCCAGAACUAAGUGCAGUGCCAGAUCUACUCGCCCAAGAGGACGAAAUGACAGCAAUUCGAAACCAGUUGCAGCCUGAGGAGUCUCAUCAACAGCAUAUGGAAUUUCCACUCUUUAGAUCGACGCCGAUUGCAGAGUUUACUCGGAGUCAGCCGCUGCUGUCAUGGGCAUUUCCAACUCUCUUCCCUCGUGGAGAAGGUGAAUAUAUCUAUCCACGACAGCGAACUGUUAGUUUUGGUGAUUACGCAAAGCAUUUGAUGAAAUUUCAUGAUGGGCGUUUUGCCCGCCAUCCACGUCUCCGCUAUGUUGUCUUUAACACGAUGAUGAGACAACAGGCCAAUACUAAAGCUAGCUUUUUUGUCAAACAAAAGAUCAAGGAUGGGCGUGAAAUUACUGCAGAUGAUUUACGUCUGGCGUUUGAGGAUGAUACUCCAGAAGGAGAAGCCUUACUCAACUCUAUUACUCGCCGAUCUGGGAUGCUUCGAGGGAUACGUCCUUUUUGGACGAAUAAACACCAACAUUUGAAAGCAAUGGUUAAGAAUAUUGCUGCUGAUUUACAUUGGGCCGAUCUCAUGCAGCAUCUUCCAAACUUCGAACGAGCGGCCAUAGGACAGGAACGAAUCCAAAUCGCUCGCGACAACUUAAGAGAUAAUCCACAUAUUGUCGCUCAAUGGUUCUGGAUUCGAUCCAACGUGUUCAGAAAGGAGGUCUUGGACAAGAGGUUCAAUGUCAUCGACAACUGGAACCAAUUUGAAUGGCAAGGACAUGGCUCAGUCCAUAACCAUGGCCUCUACUGGGUUAACGGUGCUCCUAAUUCAGAAGUCGAACCUUUGUCCCUCGAACUACGUCAAGCCUUUGCCAACUUUUGGGGUAUCCAUAUCUCUGCAUUGAAUCCCCAACCCGGUCAGAUGGUAGCAGAUACCACCGAACGUUCUCCAAUACAGCUGGAAUUUGCAGAUCAGAAAAACACUGUCGGUUUUCUUUCUCGAGUUGCCAAUCGUGUUCAAAGACAUGUUUGCUCUAAAAAAUAUUGUUUUCGAAAGGAAAAGGGAUCAGAUGUUGUAUCCUGUCGCUUCCACUUCCCCCAUAGCAUACAGACAGAGCCUUUCGUCGAACGCGCUCCAGGACACCAAUACCAUCAUUUCUAUUCUAUUCGCAAUGACGCAAUGAUAAAUGCUUGGAACCGCUGCAUACUUAUGGGAUGGCUAGCAAAUAUCGACAUCGCACCAGGUACCGGGAGCAGAGCUCUAUUGGAUUACAUUGCCAAGUACGUAUCAAAGGUCGAGAAAAAAACGGAAUCUUACAAGGAUAUGAUGAAAGGUUUUUUACCUAAACUCAAUCCUCAAAACCCUUUUCUGUCUGCUGUUAGUAAGAUGAUGAACCGUCUGAUUGGCGAACGAGAUUGGUCGGCCCAAGAAGUAUUGCAUUUGCUUCUUGAUAUACCACUUCAAUCCGCAAGUCGAAUCUGUAUUAAUGUUGACUGUCGACCUGAGGAGGUUCAUGCCGCCCCAUUUGUUCCCGUCGAGCCUGAGAUUGAAGGUGAUGAAACUGUCCAACGAGGAUUUUCAGUAUUAGAGAAAUACAAACGCCGUCCUGAACUAUUCGAGAACCUAUCUUACUUCACAUUUCUGCGUGAAUUUGAUUUCCGGAAUUGGAGACAAAUCUACAGACGUGAUGCUCCGGUUAGGGUCCUUAACUAUUUCCCAUUGUACAAUUCGGGAUGCAGCUGAGACGGCGGGAUUGCUCCACAAAGAAGUCGAAUUGCGAUACGGAUGUCCCAGUGGAAUCGCAUCAGACAGAGACCCGAGAAUCUGUUAGAAUAUCGCGAGAUCUACCACGAAGAAAACAAAGACAGUUGAACAAACCUGGAGACAAGCCAUUCCCCUUUUUUCAGCUAAUCAGAGGCCUCCGAACACUACGUUUCACUUUU